AUGGAGGAGGGCAAAGCAGGCAAGAUAAAAUUCACCUUCUGUGUGAUCGCGGUGGGCAUUAUCCUGGCUAUUGUAGCAGUCAGCACCGACCACUGGGCAGGCCUCAGCCCCCGGCUGGAGAGAACCAACUCCACUUGUGAGGAGGCUCACUUCGGCCUCUGGAGACUGUGCACCAAGAGGAUCUUUGUCCGGAGUCUGGACCCGAAUGGGAAGGGCUGUGGAACUGCCGAUCUGCCAGGAGAAUAUAACUGCACAUAUUUCAAGCAUUUCACAUCAGGAGAAAAUGCAGAAAUUUUCCAAGUUACUACUCAGAAAGAAUACAGUAUUUCAGCAGCAGCGAUCGCUAUUAUCAGCAUCGGUUUCAUGGUGCUCGGUACAAUCUGUCUGCUGCUCUCUUUCAACAAGAGGAUGGAUUAUUUCCUGAAACCAGCUGGCAUGUUCUUCAUCUUUUCAGGCCUGUGCAUCAUCAUCUCCGUGGAGGUCAUGCGGCAGUCGGUCAAACGGAUGAUUGAUAGCGAGGAGACCAUUUGGAUUCAGUAUCACUAUUCCUGGUCAUUCACUUGUGCCAUCUCUGCCUUUGUCAUCCUGUUCAUCGGGGGAAUCACUCUCCUUCUCAUCUCUCUGCCGCGUAUGCCCCAAAACCCAUGGGAAACUUGUAUGGACGCACCACCAGAACAUGUGUGAAGUGGGAAGGAGAGGAAACAAAUUUACCCACAAAGCAGCCGCUUGAGGCAGGGGUAUGGGUGGUUUAUUUUGGACGGUUUCGUUUAUGC